ACGCCGCCGAAGAAUCGAAAUGGAGUCACCCGCGAAAUCCUCUCCCAAAUCUCAUCGUGUUCGAGAUUUUCUUCCCUCAGUUAAGCCCUCAUAUUUGUCGCUGAUUUUAGUACUUGUAUGUGGAAUGAACCUGAUGAGGAACGAAUCCACAAACGAUCGCCUGUUAGCGUUGGAAAAGCAGAUAAAGAUUUUGCCAUCAACUAAGAGUUGUGAAGAGACUGAUUCGCCAUCGAAUUAUGACAAAACGUCAGAAAAGCAGAUCACGGAUUCUGUGGUACUUAUGGGAAAGACCGCGAAACCUCUUGAAAACAGACCUGACUUUCCCAAAGCUGAAAAUGAGUUAAAAGAACCGUCAACAAUUUUCGGAGUAAGAAAUCGCAGACAAGCUUCCAACAUCUUUUCCAUUACAAUUGAAGACGUACGCAACGAGAUAACGAAGCAGUUUGGACAACUUAUGCCCGUCAAAUAUUGCAAGUCAAGUGAAAAGGUAUGUCCUGCUGGUCUCCCCGGAAAUCCUGGUACUAGAGGUGAAAAAGGAUCUCGUGGCAGGAGGGGACCAAGGGUACAAGAGGGAGAACUGGAACUCAAGGUGUCAUGGGACCUCCCGGUAAACACGGGAAAACUGGAAACACCGGAAUGA